AUGGCUUCUAAAACUCAAAUUGUAGCUCUUUUCCUUUGCUUCCUCACCUCCACCUCCACCUCCUCCGCCGCCUAUGGCCAUAAGCCCCGCCCUCGUCGACCCUGCAAAGAACUCGUGUUCUAUUUCCACGACAUACUUUACAAGGGUGAUAAUUACAACAAUGCCACUUCGGCCAUAGUUGGGUCCCCGGAAUGGGGCAACAAGACUGCGGUGGCACAACCAUUCAAUUUUGGUGACCUAGUUGUGUUUGAUGAUCCCAUUACCUUAGACAACAAUCUGCAUUCACCUCCAGUGGGUCGAGCACAAGGGAUGUACGUAUACGAUCAGAAAAGUAUAUACAGUGCAUGGCUAGCGUUCUCAUUUUUGUUCAAUUCUACUAAGCUUGUUGGAACCUUGAACUUUGCUGGGGCUGAUCCAUUGAUGAACAAGACAAGGGACAUAUCCGUCAUCGGUGGAACUGGCGACUUUUUCAUGGCUAGAGGGAUUGCCACUUUGAUGACCGAUGCUUUCGAAGGGGAUGUGUACUUCAGGCUUCGUGUUGAUAUUAAGUUGUAUGAAUGUUGGUAA